ACAAUCACAAAUAUAAGGAGUAUUAGUUUAUCCGCUUCAAAAAAGUAUUCCUCAUUUACGCGCGCAACUGUCCACUGUAAAAUUACAAAUAACGGUGGCGUGCGGCGGCGGCGCGGCAUAACCAUCGCCACAUUCUGACGCAGUUCAGCCGUCAUAUUCUAGAUUCUUUCAAACGGCUAUAUUCCGCCAUUGCCAAAUUUCAAAAAGCUUCCGUUUCAACCUUGUAUAAGCAAAAGUACCUUGAAAAUGGAGCGCAGUCUUUUGGCUAUUCUGCGCUCUUCUCAUCAUAUAAACCAGCUUAAGCAAAUUCAUGCUUUAAUUAUCACCAGAUACCCUUUUCUCUCUUCUAAUUUUGCUCAUAAAUUGCUUAAUUUGACCCAUUUGAAGUACGCCCGCAAGGUGUUCGAUGAAAUGCCUAACCCAGAUGAACGUUUGUAUAAUAUGUUCAUUUCCGCGUAUUCUAGGAUUGGUUCUUACAAAGAAGCAGUGGGUAUGUUUUGUUUGAUGCGUCGCAACGAUAAUAAUAUCACUAGUUAUAGUGUUCCGCCUGUUUUGAAGUCGUGUUCAGCUUUCUUGAUGGUGGGGUUGGGGAAACAAGUUCAUUCUUUGAUUAUUAGUUUCGGGCUCGAGUCGAAUUGUUUUGUUCAAACUGCUUUGAUGGAUUUGUAUGCAAGGUCUGGUGAUUUGGUAUCUGCUAAAAUGGUUUUUGAUGGUAUUUUAGAUAGGGAUCCGAUUACUUAUAAUUGUUUGAUGUCUGGGUAUUCCAAAUUUGGUGAUGUUUUAGCAGCUCGUAGGUUGUUUGAUGAAAUGCCUGAGAAAAGUAUUGUUUCGUGGAAUACGAUGAUUUCCUGCUAUGCUCAUUGUGGUGAUCAUCAGGAAGCUUUGAGAAUAUUUGAAAUGAUGCAAGAGGAGAAUUCUCAAGCUAAUGAAUUUACUGUGGCGACUGUGCUCUCUAUUUGUGGUAGCCUGGGAGAUUUAGAAUUGGGAUUGAGACUCAAGAAGUAUGUUGAUGAUAAUAAUAUGUUUUCUAACAUGAUAGUGUCGACUGCCUUAAUGGAGAUGUUUGUAAAAUGUGGGGCUGUUCCUGAGGCACGGCAAGUGUUUGAUCGCAUGAAUGAGAGGGAUGUUAUUACAUGGGGUUCUAUGAUUGCUGGUUAUGCCCAAAAUGGGAGAGCUAUUGAGGCUUUGGAACUGUUCAAAUGUAUGACAAAUGAGAAAAUUAAGCCAAAUGAUGUAACUCUAGUAAGUGUCUUAUCAGCUUGUGCUCAACUAGGUUCUGUAGAAACUGGUGAACAGAUUAAAAAGUAUAUAGAAACUGAAGGGUUGGACUCGAACAUGUAUGUUGCUUCGUCAUUGCUGUGCAUGUAUUCGAGGUGUGGAAGUAUAAAAAAGGCUUGGCAAGUCUUCAAUCAGAUGCAUGAGAAAGAUGUUGUAUCCUGGAACUCUAUGAUUACCGGGCUAGCUUUUAAUGGUUAUGCUAUGGAUGCUAUAAUUCUUUUCGAAAGAAUGAAAAAAACCAAUGUUAGACCAGAUGGUGCUACAUUUGGUUCACUACUAACAGCAUGCACCCAUGCUGGCCUAGUUGACCUGGGUCUUAAACUCUUCCACAGCAUGCAUUCAAAGUAUGAUAUUGUCCCUGAAGUGGAGCAUUAUGCAUGCAUUGUUGACCUAUUUUGUAGAUGUGGAAGACUUAACGAGGCUUAUGAAUUCAUAUGUCAGAUGAAAAAGCCAAAUGUUGUAAUUUGGGGCACGUUACUAAGUGCUUGCAGAACUCAUUCAUAUACUGAUCUUGCGGAGAUAGCAUUGACAAAGUUGGUAGAGUUGGAACCUGAGAAUUCAGGCAAUUAUAUCCUUCUUUCAAACAUAUAUGCCUAUACAGGAAGAUGGCAAGACAAUCUAAGAAUAAGAAACUUGCUGAGAGAGAAAAAAGUACAGAAAAUUGCAGCAUAUAGUUGGAUCGAACUAGAGGAUGGGAUGCAUAGAUUUCUAGUUGCUGACUCAUUGCACCCUAGAUGUAGCGAGAUCUAUGAUGUGGUUGUUGGAUUGGCUAUGGUUUCAUCGGAUGAGACGGAGAAUUAUUUUGGAUAUUAGCUUAUAUCAAUUUUGGAAAUUGGAGCACCCAUCAGCAAAGCUUGAUUGGAGAUUGUACAGCUUU